CACGGGCACUUCGAAUAGGUUCUACCAAGUAGAUUACUCCUGAGCACAGAGUUAUAAAGAAUGGUGAAGAAAGAAGUGAAGCCCAUCGAUAUCACCGCAACGCUAAGAUGCAAAGUAGCAGUAGUCGGCGAAGCGACUGUCGGCAAGAGCGCGCUCAUCUCUAUGUUCACGAGUAAAGGCAGCAAGUUUCUAAAGGACUAUGCGAUGACGAGUGGGGUGGAGGUGGUGGUAGCCCCGGUGACCAUUCCGGACACGACGGUCUCGGUGGAGCUCUUUCUGCUGGACACGGCGGGGAGCGACCUGUACAAGGAGCAGAUAUCGCAGUACUGGAACGGCGUAUACUACGCCAUUCUCGUGUUCGAUGUGAGCUCUAUGGAGUCCUUCGAGUCGUGCAAGGCGUGGUUUGAGCUGCUCAAAUCGGCGCGUCCCGACCGCGAGCGGCCGCUGCGCGCCGUGCUGGUGGCGAACAAGACGGACCUUCCGCCGCAGCGGCACCAGGUGCGGCUGGACAUGGCGCAGGACUGGGCCACCACCAACACCCUCGACUUCUUCGACGUGUCCGCGAACCCGCCCGGCAAGGACGCGGAUGCGCCGUUCCUGUCCAUCGCCACCACCUUCUACCGCAACUACGAGGACAAGGUGGCGGCCUUCCAGGACGCUUGCCGCAACUACUGAGAGAGCAGUUGCGGGCGAGGAGAGAUCCCGGUCUCUUGCCGCAACUACUGAGAGAGCAGUUGCGGGCGAUGAGAGAUCCCGGUCUAAGUAUCUGGGUGGAAUGGCGGAUGCAUGCGGCAAGUUGGGGUGAUGAGGCCACCGGUCACAGAGCCGGUGAAGUCUAGUAUUUGCUUAGGAAGAGGCUUCCGUGGAGGUUUACACGGGGCCGGUGAACGAAUACGUCGCGGAGGACGCCUUGUGAUUCUGGAGACAGUCCAAGGGCUUCAUGUACAUAGACUGUGUGAAACAGGGGCGGAAAAAAAGGCACGCGCUGUGCCGCAGCCAUCGAUUGCAGCUCUGCUGCUGGUUUGGCGCACUGGCCUGACGGCCUGAGGAGCUUCGUGCACGGCGCUGAAAUGCGUCGGCGUGUCUGCUUAUGUAAUGAUGUUUCGUA